GUGUCCUCGCCCAGUAUGCCAGCUGCCUAGAGCUGGUGAACAAAAGGUUGCCCUGUGGCCUUGCCCAGGUUGGAGUGUGUUUCCAUUCCGUGCCGGAGGAUGAGCAGCACAGCACAGAGCUCACAAGAAUAGGCGAGAGGACCUCGUCCCUGCUUGCAUGGUUUAGUUCUCCCAGGACUGCAGGACAGUGGUUGGAUUACUGGUUACGGCAGAGGCUCCAGUGGUGGAGAAAGUUUGCAGUAGCCCCAUCUAACUUCAGCAGCAGUGACUUCCAGGAUGCAGAAGGCAGAAGAGGAUUUAACUUGCAUUACAACUUUCCUUGGGGGACAGAAACGAUAGAAACAUUGAAGAACCAUGGUGAUACUGAACUGUUAGAGAUGUACCCAGGGGAUAGUUCAAGAUUACUUGGCCGAGAUGGGAGGAAGAAUGUUAUUCCUCAUGUCCUGUCUGUGAAUGGGGAUCUGGACCGAGGAGUGUUAGCCUAUCUCUUUGACUCUCUACAGCUGUCUGAAAACCCCUUAACAAAAAAGAGCUCCUCACAGAGAAAGGUGCUUAAGCUUCAUCCUUGUUUAGCACCUCUUAAAGUGGCCUUGGAUGUAGGAAAAGGUCCAACCACUGAGCUGAGGCAGGUUUGUCAAGGACUGUUCAAUGAACUGACAGAAAGCAGAAUUUCUGUGUGGCCAGGUUACCUUGAAACUGUGCAGGUGUCUCUGGAACAGCUUUACACAAAGUAUGAUGAGAUGAGUAUUCUCUUCAUGGUCCUGAUAACUGAUGCCACCCUGGAGAAUGGAGUGGUCCAGCUGAGAAGCAGAGACACCACCAUGAAGGAAAUGAUGCACAUUUCUAGGCUGAAGGACUUUUUAACUAAGUAUGUAACAUCAGCCAAAAAUGUGUAAACUGAAUUCGUUGAAUAAAAGAAAUUUCUUAAACA